AUGUACAGUUCGACGAUUACCGAAUACGAAGAUGGUAAAGACCGGAAAUCAGCGCAGACAGCAAAUGAUACGAUCCUGCAUCAACCGCCGAAAGAGCAUAUACCGGCGAAACAGCCAUUAAUUUGGCGCAACAUCAUUGGUAUCGCCGUACUGCAUGUUGCGUCCCUCUAUAUGUUCGCCAAGUAUUAUCAGGAUGCCAAAUUUUGGACCUGGAUAUAUUAUGCAAUAAACGGACAUUUGGCCGGUAUCGGCAUAACAGCAGGCGCACACCGCCUUUGGGCGCACAGAAGCUACAGCGCCAAACUACCACUCAAAAUAUUACUCGUAUUUCUCUACUGCAUGGCCGGCAUGACCCAUCUAUAUAAAUGGAUACGCGUCCAUCGAACCCAUCACAGAUAUACGGACACCUCCGCGGAUCCGCAUAACGCUAAACGCGGUUUUUUCUUCUCUCACGUUGGCUGGUUGAUGAUGAAGCAUCAUCCAGCGGUCAAGGAGUACGGUAAACAUGUGGACAUGAGCGAUAUAUUAGCCGAUCCUGUCAUACGUUUCGUUGACAAGUAUUACGAGGCGAUUAUGCUACCGUUGUGCUUCAUUUUGCCGCCUAUGAUACCGGUCUACGCGUGGAACGAAACCUGGACGAUAAGCAUAGGCGGCAUGUUCAUCCGCUACAUAUGGCUAUUGAAUGCGACCUUUUCCGUCAACAGUGUCGCUCACAUAUUCGGCAAUCGACCGUACAACAGGAGUAUCGAGGCGACGGAAAACUACGCGGUGUCCGUCUUCUCCAUCGGCGAGGGUUGGCACAAUUAUCAUCACUGCUUCCCCUGGGACUAUAGGGCCUCGGAGUACGGCCGCCUCAAUCUGACGACCCACUUUAUCAAUUUGAUGGCUUGGUUGGGAUGGGCGUACGAUCUGAAGACACCGAACGACGAGAUCGUCAACAGGUUCUGCACGGACAAAGGCGACGGCACGCCGUGUCCUGCGACGAAACGCCAGCCGCGAGUUGGCGGGUAA